AGGCAGCUUUCUGGGACAGCCAUUUCUGAGCCAAGCCGGUGUUAAGCCGGCUGUCUGAGGGCAGAGCAGAGCCAAUCCACCUCCGCUCGGCGCCGGACAGCAGCAGCAUGGCGCUCUGGGGAGCCUGCCUGCUCCUCUGCCUCCUUUCCCUCGCCCAGGUCUCCGGCCAGCAAAACGCCAAAGUCCGGCAAAAGCCAGUGGCUUCCAAGAAAGAUGGUGUGAGCCUCAAAAUGAUUGAAGACCUGAAGGCCAUGAUUGACAACAUCUCUCAGGAGGUUGCUUUACUGAAGGAAAAGCAAGCACUCCAGACAGUUUGCCUGAAAGGCACCAAAAUUCACCUAAAAUGCUUUCUUGCGUUUUCGGAGACCAAGACGUACCACGAGGCCAGCGAAAACUGCAUCUCGCAGGGCGGCACGCUCAGCACCCCCCAGACCGGGGAGGAGAACGAUGCCCUCUACGACUACAUGCGCAAGAGCAUCGGCUCUGAGGCAGAGAUCUGGCUGGGCCUCAACGACAUGGCGGUGGAGGGCAAGUGGGUCGACAUGACGGGCGGCCCCGUCCGCUACAAGAACUGGGAGACUGAAAUCACCACCCAGCCCGACGGCGGCAAGCUGGAAAACUGCGCAGCCUUGUCGGGGGCCGCCAUCGGCAAGUGGUUCGACAAGAGGUGCAAAGACCAGCUGCCCUACGUCUGCCAGUUCAUGAUCGUGUAGCGGUGGGGGCUCCCCCCUGCCCACCCGCAAACCCGGGUCUUCCCCCUUUGGCAGCAGGAUUAUAAAGCUAUAGGUAUGUGUACGUGUACAUGUACGUAUGCACGCACACGCACACAUGUUCAAGUAGAGUCACUCUUUGCAAAGGAAGUCGUCACAGCUCGGUAUCGGAUUAGAGAGCGUUAGAGCAUUUCGUUUGGCCGCAUCCAGCCCCAUUAGCAGCUGCAUCGUUCUUACUAAGGCACGAUUUAUAGAUAUAUUUUUUUACACAGGGAAUUUAUUAGGACAGCUUGGUUGUUUCGGCAAAGAACCAGUGCAGCAGUCCAGCCUUGCAAACAGCUGCCUCGACUGCCCAGGGCUGUUGCUCUGCAAUGUCCUUUCCCAUCUUGCUGAGCUUCACUGGGACACCAGCAAAGCUAGUUCCUGCUUUCUUCUCCUGUUUUGCUUCCCCAUAAGCCCUGGCAGCAAGGCGCAUGGGAUUGAGAUCCUCGUCCCUCACAGCACCCCGAUUCAGGCUCCUGGGGAUCAAGGUCCUGUCUCAACGAGCAGAGGGAGUUACCUCUGCUUUGCGUUGAGAGAUACAAUUGGGCUUAUUGGCUGAGUACCAGCUGCUCAACGCGUUGUUCAACUCAUCCAACUAUGUGCAUGAAUGAAUUAGCAAGUAACAGGCAUGGGUCAACUUACUGAGAAGGAGGGGGUCCUUUCCAGAAGCAUUUCCCAUUUUGUUGGUCCUUUUCUCAUCAGUCAGAAGCCAACGUUUCCCUGAUUUCAGUAGGAGAGCUAGACCCACUGCCAGGUCUUUUAAAAAAUCCCGUCAGAAGCUUUAUUUAUUCUUCAGCAUCACGGAGGAAGCAGUGAUGACUUACAGCAUAGUCAGUCAAAUAUAUUCUUGGAAAGAGAAAAUGAAAGUAUUAGGUAAAUAACAGAAAUGUAAUGCUAUUAGGGAAUAUGCUGCCUUAUAAAAAACAACUGUCUAUUGAAAAUGAGUCCCAGGACAACUCACUUUAGCAGCUUUAGGAAUCAUCUGACCUAUUUUAGUGAUGGAAACCCAGCUGAAAUACUCCAGUCUUUGCUGGUCUGGGCACAGUCCUCAGCAAACAUAAAUCUGCUGAGUACUGUUUGUGCCAAUAAAGUCAUGCCCAGCUGAAGGUCUGGCCUUAGUAUUUUUUUGCUGAGAAAAGGGUUAAAGAAAAAAAAAUAAAUUGAAAUAAACAGCAAUGGUGGGAAAGAAGCACAGGUCACCUCGACAGCUUAACGAAGCUUUGCUGACACUGAUUUGCUGGCUGUUGGCUGAAAGAUAUCAGCAGUUCUUUGCAGCUCAGUGCUUGGUAAUAACCCCUCCAGUUCGGGUCACAUCCCCUGCGCUGCCAGCUUGAGGGUGUCAAGACGUGAUGCUCUUGGGGAGUCCACAGGAGAGGUGUUUCAAUUUACUGCUUUGUUUGAAAGCAGCACGAUGGUGGGUAUUCCAAGACGUCGAGUGGGAGAGCCAAGCUGGAGGGAUUGAAACACACACACACACACACAAAUGCAGAGCGCGCACUUCCGAGGCUGUCACUAUUGCCAAACUCUCCGCUGUUCAAAUGACUAUAAAAUAAAGAUAUAUAUAUAUAGCUUGCUGAAGG